CUUCCUCGGGGCUUGCAAUACCAAAUCCAUCCUUGCGAAUCAUCUGUAAUGCGUGAUAAUUUAGUGGCAUAGAAAGGAUUUGCACUGUGGUUAUGGAUUCCCUCAGGUUGGAGAAGUCUUACAGGGAAGGUUUUGCAGCUGCGGACAAUAGAUGUCGUGAUUGAUUGGCCAUGGAGUGCAUUGUGCUCGCGUCCGGGCGUUCGUUGCCUGGACCUCAUCAGCACCGGAUUCGGCAGAGGAAACAAAAUGCGCCGAGAAGGAAACCCUGUGGAUUUGGCUGUUGGAGGGCGGUUCUGAUGAAUGAGGCAGUGUUGAAGGUAGGAUUACGGCUGGAGGCGUCGCUGGUGUCAUCUGUGUUGCAGAAUGCAGUGUUACAUGAGUUUGAACGCAGGAGUGGAGCUAAGUUGGAGCGUUAUCGAAUAACAGGGGCAGCUGGAGGUGAAGACGAGCCCUCUAGUAAGGAAAACAGGGGUUUUACUGUAAAGCUCCUUUCGGUUCGUACUUUGGCAGUUGCAUUGUUCUUCGGAGGAUUAGCAGGAUUUUCUCGAGCGUUAUUGAGCUGUCUGCCUCCUGACUUUUUUGACCGGUGGAAUAAGCUAAUACACGAUCAUCCCCUGCAAGAGCCCAAACCAGUGGAACAGGAACCGCAGCCUGGAACCGUGAUUUAUGAUUGCCAUGGUGUACUAUUAGCGAAAAUUGUGCGAGGAGGUUACAGCAGUGGGAGGAAAACGGAUAAUAUGGGGAAAAGCAAAGGAAUUGGAGAUGGCGCCCCACUUCAUCCUGGUGACAUUCCGUCAAUGCUGUGGCAGGCUGUGGUGGCGUCCGAGGAUCGAAGAUUUUUUGAGCACCAGGGAAUUGAUCCCAGGGGUCUUACUCGAGCCAUUCUGUCGCUGGCUUCAAGUGGAGGAGGGAGUACCAUCACUCAACAGCUGGUGAAGAAUGUGUUCCUCACAAACGACCGGAAGUGGAGCCGAAAGUUUAUGGAAAUGAUCUUGGCGAUCUUAUUGGAGAGGCAGAUGUCGAAGUGGGAUAUACUGCAUCACUAUCUGAAUAAGAUCUAUUGGGGGCAUGGUGUAUAUGGAAUAGAGGGAGCUGCAGCCCUUUAUUUUGGUAAGCACCCAUCAGUGCUAACCCUGGGCGAAUGUGCAAUGCUUGCGGGGAUCAUCCCAGCACCUGAAUAUCUCUCUCCGUAUCGGGAUCCCAGCCGAGGGAAGAAACCACAAGCAAGAACUCUUCGUCGGAUGGUUGAGGCCGGCUUUCUCGAUGCUGCCACUGCGGCUGCUGCAGUCAAUGAGCCUCUUCGCUUGGGUUUAGAAGGAGACGAUGGUUCAUCUGGGCCUUGGAGAGCUCCAUACUUCGUGAGUGAGGUGCUUUAUGAGUUGUACCAAAAGUAUGGGAGAGAUGAGGUUUUGCAAGGUGGAUUCCAGGUGCACACUACAGUAGAUUUAGCAAUGCAGGAAGUGGCAGAAAAGGCGGUCAAUGAUGCUGGAAUUGAGUAUGACGAUGAGCGAAUAGUUUUGGCUCAAAAGGCUGUAGAAAGAUGCGUUGAAGCCUUGGGCAUCCUGGGGCAAGCCCGAGAGCAGAAGAUGGAACAAGCUGCUCUUGUAGCUGCCACAAAGGCUCGUGAGCAGUUUCAAAAGCUCUCCAAGAUAGAAUCCAGCAAGGGUAAAGAAACAUCCGAAGAAGAGAGGUCAAAGGCAGAGGAACUUGCGGUUUCUGAAGCAGCUAACAAAGCAUCUGAGGCCGUUAAAAGGAGAUUUGAUCUAACGGAGGAAGCUUUAAGUGCGUCACUAGCAGAACAUCAAGAGGAAGUUAAGAAGGCUUCUAAAGCUAGAGUAGAGGGUGCGGUGGUAGCAAUCGAUCCUGUGAGAGGAGCAGUUCGAGUUUUAGUUGGAGGCAGAGAUUACUAUGAAAGCAACUUCAAUCGUGCUACUCAGGCCUACCGUCCUCCAGGGUCCACAUUUAAGCCGAUUGUUUACUUAGCAGCGCUGGCUGAAGGAAUUGAACGGAAUCAUGUGAUCGUAGAUGAACCAUAUUCAGUUGGUGAUUUUUCUCCAGAAAACUACGACAAAAAAUUUAGAGGACAGGUUACGCUCGAGGAGUCUCUAUUGAGAUCUUUGAAUGUGCCGACUGUAAAACUCUGUGCAGCUAUUGGUGUAGACAAGGUAUGUAGAAUGGGGAAAGCUUUGGGCAUUGAUUCUUACCUUCCCCAUGAGUUGUCUCUGUCACUUGGAGGUUGUGAGAUGACUCCGUUGCAGUUGGCUACUGCUUAUUCAACUAUUGCAUCAGGGGGUGUGCUUCACAAACCUUACUUAAUCUCACGAGUAGAGAACUAUCAAGGGCGAGUCAUAGAGGAAGUGAAGCCAAUCUCUACUGAGCACCGUGAGACAGUAGUGGAUGAGUAUGCUGUAUCAGAACUGAGAUCACUCUUGCAAGUCAGUUACCAACGCAGUCGUAGAUCGAGGUACUGGACGGGCUGCGCGAAUUGGACGGCCAUGUGCUGGGAAGACCGGCACUUCGGACGGUCAUCGAGAUGCUUGGUUUGCUGGCUUUACUCCCAUGCUCUCGUGCGUGGUUUGGCUUGGCUACGAUGACAACACUCCGCUUGGAGGCAUUUGGCCAGCCACGGGGUCUUCGCACGCAGCACCGCUGUGGAGGGAUUUCAUGAAACGUGUUCACGAGGGAGUGCCCUUUGAGAAAUUUCAUGAUGUUGGACGAGAUGAGUUUGGGGGUAGAGCUCCUCGACGAAUAAGGAAAAAGUCCCGCCGACCUCGCAUCGUUGGUCUACCAGAAAUCAGAAAACAUUACAGGCGGCAUGACAAGAAAGUCCUAUGGAGGGAUGUAUGGGAUUGGGAAAAAGCCAGUUCAGCUUGGGAGGAACGUGAGAGGAUGCAGGAAUGGACAGCUGACAGGGCAAAACGAGCUGAAGAGAUUAAGACAAUGAAAGAACAGUUGCAAAAGGCAUUGGCCAAGACUGGCAUCACCCCCUCUUAGUUUCUCAACCUUCCCAAAAUUGAGGAAACUAUUUUUUCUGCCUGAGAAAGCAGUAUUGAUUAAUGAUUAGCGAAAACGACGGACAUAACCCUCACAGCUCGGCAAUGAGAUGUGCAGUCAGAGGAGCAUGUGGAACGCAGUUAAGAAAAACUCUUUUGAGAUUUAGUGUGUAACGGUUCCAGCAUUUGAUUAGGUGUCGGUUCUCCAGUGCCUGUUAAUCUCAAUUCGAAAUGUGCUCUAUAUAGCGCACACCUUGUAUCUUAGUCUUUCCAGUAUUGAAUAUCGCACGGGGAUGAUGAUUUGUUGUGGUAGCUGUCACAUUCAAUUUGAAAUCACCCACUUAUUUGGUACACACAUCAUACAUGUGAUGUUCCGCUGCUGUGACA